GUGAGAAAGUAGCAAAGCGUGCUUUGCGGUGCUUGUGUGAAAGUGUAGAGAGAGAAAGUAAAAUCUCCACCGGAAAAAAACUUAUAGAGAGAGAAAGUGGAUUUUGUAGAGAGACGAAGAUCAUAGAAAUACACAGUGAUACCAGAAAAUUUACAUACUGAGAGAAACAACAACGACGACGACGAAGAAGUAGACGACGACUUAUUCUUUGGAGUUGUUUUUGGGUAUUUUGUGGUUUAGUAUUAAGGGGUUUAAGAACGGAAAAACCCUCUACACAUCUUCCUUAAAUUUUUGUUACUGUGAUUUUUUAGUGGGGAAAUAUGGAGUGGCCUGCCUAUUUGGAUGAAUAUGAAAAGCUUGUUUUCAGAAUGACUACUCCAAGGGUCAUGAUCGACAAUGCCGGUUGUUCAAAUUCCACUCGCGUUAUGGUUGAUAGUGCGAGAAAACAUGGAAUUCUUCUAGAAGCAGUUCAAGUUCUUACCGAUCUGAAUCUUUCCAUCAAAAAGGCUUACAUCUCGUCGGACGGCCGGUGGUUUAUGGACGUGUUUCACGUUACUGACUUGGAUGGAAACAAAUUAACUGACGAAAGUGUCAUUAGUUACAUUGAACAGUCAUUAGGGACAAUUCAUUUUGCAAGUGCAAAGUGUAUUGAUGGUUUGACAGCACUGGAGUUAACCGGGACGGAUCGAAUCGGUCUAUUAUCGGAGGUUUUUGCAGUACUCUCGGAAUUAGAAUGCAAUGUUGUUGAAGCUAAGGUGUGGACUCACAAUGGUCGAAUUGCAUCCCUUAUUUAUGUUAAGGAACGGGAUUCAGGGUCCCCGAUUGAGGACACUGAGAAGAUUGACACGAUUGAAGCUCGUUUAAGGAAUGUGCUCAAGGGGGAUAAUGAUAUCCGUAGUGCUAAAACAUCGGUUUCUGUGGCUGUUACGCACACAGAAAGAAGGCUUCACCAGAUGAUGUUUACAGAUCGCGAUUAUGAAAGGAAGCCAAUUAUUAGGACUAACGAUAACCCUAUUGUAUCAGUGUUGAAUUGCUUGGAAAAGGGUUAUUCCGUUAUAAAUAUUCACUGCAAGGAUCGACCUAAGCUUUUGUUUGAUAUUGUUUGCACCAUGACGGAUAUGCAGUAUGUUGUGUUCCAUGCCACACUUAAUACAGCAGGGGACAGAGUACACUCGGAAUUCUUCAUUAGGCACACCGAUGGAAGCCCAAUUAGUUCAGAAGCUGAAAAACAGCGCGUCAUUCUAUGCCUACAAGCUGCAAUAGAGCGAAGAGCAUCUGAGGGAGUGAGGCUGGAGUUGUGCACCGGAGACAAGCAAGGACUAUUAGCUGAUGUAACACGAACUUUCCGUGAGAAUGGCUUAAAUGUGACAAGGGCUGAGAUAUCGACAACAAGUGAUAACACAGCUCUGAAUGUGUUCUAUGUAACAGAUGCUAUUGGAAAUCCAGCUGAUUCGAAGAUCAUCGAGGCUGUUAGGCAGAAGAUUGGAUUGAGUGACUUGAAAGUGAAGGAAUUGCCAUUGAUCUAUCAUCAAAAGGCAGAGGAGAGGGAAGAGCCCACAGGGGGUGUUGGUGGGGCAAUGUUGCUCUCACUUGGUAGCAUUGUAAGGAAGAAUCUCUACAAUUUGGGAUUGAUCAAGUCAUUUUCUUGAACAAAAAUUAUCAUCAAAACAGAUUUGGUGUACAUACAUAGCUUAAAGAUUACUGAAAAUGAAAGGAUUUGGUGAUAGUAGUUGUUAUAGUUGAGCUUAGUUGGCUGUUUGGGGGUCCCAUAUUUACCCACCGUUUUCAACAAUUAGAAAAAAAAUUGGAACUUUAUAUAAUUUGUUUGGUGGAAGAUUAGAGGGAAAGGCAGGCAGGCUAGCAAAUCUAUGAUACAUAGAAAUUGGUUUUAGAACACUACACAUUUGUACAUAAGUCUUGUUUAUUAUAUUGUUUUAGUAGAACUUAAUGUUUGACUUA